AUGCCAGGACGACCAGCAGGAUCGCGCUCUACGCGUCCUUCAACCGCCUCUACAGCGCGCAAGACGAGCGGCGGCGUCACCAAAUCCACGCGUGCAUCCGGGACACGACAGUCGGCCAAUGCGGUCGAGAUACCUGAUGAAGGACCCGUGACUUCGUUGCGCACACAGAUUGCGCAGGUGUUUAGCGAUGCGCAAAAGACGACGGCGACGCAGAGGAAAUUGGCGGUGCAUCUGAGGAAAAUACAAGAAGCAUGCUGUUUCGAGCCACCGGAUACUGGGAACAAGGGUGGGAAGAAGGGCAGGGAGCAGAUUGAGGAAGAUUUCGACGAGGAAGACUUCAACAAUGAGGUGGGGAGGUGUGUUUUGAGGCUGUUAAAUGUGAAGAAGAGUGAGCCUGCGGGAGACAGGGUCAUUCGGUUCUUGGGCUUGUUCUUGAAGCACGCUUCGGAAAAGGAUCAAGCAAUCUUCUCUGCUGGAACGGAAGAAGAAGGCUUCUUCGAGACGCCCAGUACCCGCCUUGUCAGACACAUCCUCCUAGCAACCCACGCCUUUCUUACAGCAAAAGAGAAGACCGUACGUUACCGCGCAACACAAACUAUCGCAUACAUCAUUAACAACAUCGCCACCCUCGACGACGACCUCUAUGAUAUCCUUCGGGUUGGCUUCAUGAAACGCCUGCGAGACAAGGACCCACCGGUCCGCGUUCAGGCUGUCCUUGGUCUGGGCACGCUUUUGAAUGACGACGAAGAUCAGCAAGAAGAGGAAGAUAGCGACGACGAUGCGGCAGGAGGUCUUCUCGAGAAGCUCAUGAACAUCAUGAGCCAUGACCCCAGCGCAGAAGUACGACGGGCCGUUCUUCACAACCUUCCAAGAUUGCCCUCGACACUACGAUCCAUCCUCAAGCGAGCUCGUGACAUGGAUGCAACGCUGAGAAGGCAGGUCUAUGGAAAGAUUCUGCCCACAAUCGGCGACUUCAGAAACUUGUCGGUCGUCGAGCGCGAGAAGCUCAUUCGCUGGGGCCUACCGAGAAGUGGCUUGAAGACUGUGAGUCGAGCCGCGACAACCGUCCAGAAGAAGAAAAGAAGCCUGGUGAGCUUCUUCUAG